AUGGGCAACGGCCAUACGAAGCAGUCCACGGCGGGGCUGGCGUCGGCGCCGCUACCGCGCUCCGACCAGACGAAGGCAUAUCCGGGCUACACGAAAGCGGCAAACCUUUCGCCCAAUGCGGACCACGCCGAGGCGUUGGCAGCGACCGCGCGACUUACGGCUGAGGCUGCGCCACGAGCACUUCCUAUGGUUGCACCCUCUGCCCCUUCGAGUCGGACAGGGUGGAUGAACAUGGAUACCCCUGCUAAUACCACGAGGCUGCUGGGCAAGGGCAAGUACAUCAAGGAGUAUGGUGCCUUGGCCAUGAGCCACCGCGCCAAGACAGUGCUGCUGGGCACACUGUUUCUCUUUUGUGAAGCUGAGACGGAAAGCAUGGUGGUGUCGUACCAUGAGAAGAGCACAGGCUCUGUGUAUACGUGCAGCUACACGGAUGCGGAGCUGGGGCAGGCAAAGGAGGCUGCAGGCGUGGGCUUCUCGUGGGCUCCCUUCUUCAAGUCCAUCGCUACAGCCAUGAUCAAGUCCACGGCGACGGUUACCUCUCUCACCCCGACCCGAAAGGACGCCGGCUUCACCAUCUUCGAUAGGAAAGAGCCCUCCUGCACGUACUCAUUUGUGGUGCCGAUGGAGAUGGUAUCGAAUGGCUGCUCGCCGAAUGCACAGGAGGUCUUCCGUUAUGUUAUGUACCCGUUGACACGUGCACUGCGGUACAAUCGUACGUUCGGUAGCUCGAGCAGGAGGGAGAUGUAUGCGCAGAAACUGGAGUGUGACUUGACGGUGCACGCUGCUGCGGCAACGCAGCAUACGACCUACGUAGACAAGCUGCUGCCGACCGUGCGCCCACUGCGAGAGGAGUCGGCGCUGCAUUCUCAUCUCGCCAUGGCCGUUGGUCGCGAGGUGCGCAACCUUGAACGAUGUCUCAAGGCCCGCGAGGAACACAUAAUCACAAAGCACCCACUCGACCAGCUGUACGACGAGGGCGGUGCACAGAGCUUCCAGCACACCCUGUGGUGCCCUGAGUACAUCCCGCAAGAGGAGGACCCGGACGAGCUACUUUCGCUUUGUAUCCGCUGUGCAUUCCCGUUAGACCCUAGCAUGAAGCUGAGUGACAUCUCGAGUGUGUUAGAGCGGCCCGAAAUUCGGAAGAAGAUGGAUGCAAGCGGCAACGGCCGGGUUAUUGCAGAGGCGUUCGAGAUCUUCAAGGGAAUCGACCACUGGGACUACGACACAAUUCAGCUGGAGAUCAUCACCGACGGCAACGCCCUCUUCUACACGACCUAUCUCCUGCUUUACAAGCUGGACUUGGUUCGCUACUUCAACCUAGAUGAUGCCGUGCUGCGCCGCUUCCUCAUAGCUGUGCAGAGUGCCUACCACCCCAACCCGUACCACAACGCCAUGCACGGCGCGGAUGUGACCCAAAUCAACUACUACAUUAUGAUUGUGGCCGGGCUUAGCGUCAAGUGCUGUUUGAGCAACGAAGAGAUCUUCGCCGGCAUUAUCGCCGGCGCCGUGCACGACUUUGACCACCCUGGCCUUAACAACAACUUCCACUCGCGCACUGGUGCCUACCUCGCCACGCUCUACAACGACCGGUCUAUCCUGGAAAAUCAUCACCUUGCAUGCACAUUUGAGCUGCUGCGCAACCCGCGCUACAACAUCUUCGCGACGUUGUCAGACGAGCAGCGGCUGCUUGUGCGGGAGACCAUACUAGAGAUGGUGCUGGCUACCGACAUGGGCAACCAUGCGCGCAUCUUCAAGAACUUCCAGGUGCGCAUGUCGGAGGCGACGGAGUGGCACUCCAAAAAGGAGGACGUGCGACUCGCUCUCUCCAUGUCGAUCAAGAUGGCCGAUAUUUCAAACUGCGCGCGACCCAACCAUAUCUACGCUGAGUGGGCUAAGAACAUCUCGAAGGAGUUUUACCUGCAAGGUGAUGCGGAACGGAAGCUGAAUCUCUCCAUCUCUCCCUUCAUGGACCGGACGAAGGAGAUGGGGGAGUUCCCGAAAGGUCAGGUUUCAUUUAUGAUGUACAUUGUGCAACCUAUGGUGGAGGCGAUCUCGGCGCUGCUGCCAUCCAUGACCUUUGCAGUAAAUUUGUGUGUUGACAACAAGGAGUACUGGAGGCGAAAGACAGAGGAGGCACAACAGGCCGAGUCAGUGGAGACGCCUGUGAACAGCGAGACGAAAGGUGCUCCUUCUUUAGAGGUGUGA